AUGGGCUUGCAUGCAAUUGAACUCUCUUCGUCUGUGAUAGGGACACUCCUCUCAUUACAGUCAGAAGAGAUUUCUCGUACUCACUUGGAGCUUGGAAAGCUGAAGGAGCAGCAGAAUAAAUGUCGCUUUGUUACAUUUGAGGAUAUUGAUUCCCUGCGAAAUGAGUUUCAAGCGCAGCUAAUUUCAGAGGAACCAACGGCGAAGGGGUGCGAGAUCACCUUCCUGAAAGAACAGCUAGCUGCAGCUGAACUCUCCGCAAGCGAAUUGCGCACUCAACUUGAAAACGAGCAGAUUGCAAACGAAAGCCUGAGGAUUGCUGCGGUCGACCGCGACAGGGCACACCGAGAGACUCUGGAUUAUAGCGGAGAAGCUGUGCAGAGUAUUCAAGAGUUACGGGAACGGUGCACACAUCUCAACGUGCAGCUUGAAGAAGAACGUGCCUGUAAUGAGAGCUUGAAGUCAAACUCCCAGCUUGUUGGGGAUUUGAGGAAGCAACUAUCUGAACUUGAAAAAAACUUUGAGCUGCAUCGCAGUCUCUUUGCGAAAGCUCAUCAUGAUUUUGAGUCGACAAGCGUAUCCUUGGCACAUGCACUCGAGGAAAAGACUGCCUUGGAAAGCACAAUCGACCAGCUCACCACUGAAAUGAACGAUCAAGAGCUAUUUAUUGGAAAUUUGCAGCAACAACUGCGAACGCGGGACCAGAUGAUUUUGGAGUUGCAGGCAUCACGGGCUGAGGUGAUAGACAAGGCACAUUAUGAUGACCGUAUUGCCGCGCUGCUAAGUGAACUGUCGCACGAGAAGGAAACUGUGGCCGACUUGAAGGAACAAUUGUUACAGGCUGCCUUUACUCAGGAGUCUAAAUCUGUCGCUCUUGGAGCAAAAAUCCCAGCAUUGGAGAGGUCAGACACUCCUGCCACUGAUAUAACGUUCCUCGAAUGUGACUCGGAGCAGAUGGAAGAUGCUAUUGCAGAACUCUCGUCAUUGGGAGAUGUGUCUGAGUCUGCUACGAUGCCAGAAGAUCAGAAGAAACAGCCUGUACUUGAUCUGUCGGCAUCUCAAACACCAAUGCCCUCUCAAUUUGCGACUCAGCUAAGCGAUGCUCAAGACUCGAGCGAGGACGCUACUCCCACUUCGUCAAGCUGUCACAUCACCCACAAACGGUUUGGCAGUGUCCCCGAGUGUUCAGCGAUCAUAAAGGCUAAGUUCCAUCCUCUGACCAAAUCGCCAAAUGGUAGUAACAUAUCCAAGCUACUGUGA